AAUUAGUUGUUAACAAAUUGAAUACCGGUAAUUAAAUGUGAUACAACAUAAUGAAUAAAUAUUUAAAAUAUCAUAAGCAAAUACUUAUUUGCCUAUUAUACUUUUAAUAUUGGAUCGGGCAAGUGUACCAGUCACUAUAUACCGUUACAUGUUAGUGCUGAUGAUCGAGCACGCGAUAUCACGUGAUCAGACAUGUAGCAAUGGCAUUCAAGCACUCAAUAUCGAGUGAACAGUAGUAAACGCAUUAACUAUUUAUUGGCGUACAAUUAUAUUUAUUAUUGAAAGUAUUAUCUUAAAAAUAAUAUAUUUUCAACCUUUUAAUGGAAAUUGAUAGAUUAAUAUCGAAUUACUUAUAUAAUAUCAUAUAUAUAUUCAUAUACAUAUAUUGUUCAUAUCUGCAAUUAGCGAAAACAGUUACAAAUGAUGACAAUCAUGAACUUCAAGUGCAGUUGGUGCAAGUGCUAUUUAGACAUGGAGAACGGACCCCGCGCGAAAAAGAAUUAUGGCCGAAUGAUCCUCAUCAUAUAUCAAAAUACGAACCAUGGAAUCUAGCGCAACUAACAAACGAAGGGAGAAUGACAGAAUAUCGAAUAGGACAGAUGUUAAGAGAGCGGUAUAAUCAAUUUUUAGGAGAUAUUUAUCAUCCUAGCGAUGUGUAUGCCUUUAGUACUGACCAUGAUCGGACAAAAAUGUCUCUUCAAUUAGUCUUAGCAGGAUUAUAUCAUCCGGCACCAUCCCAAACCUGGAAUGAAAAUUUAUCAUGGAUUCCAAUACCGACAUAUUAUAUGCCGGAGAAAUUAGAUGAUUUAAUGAAACCGGAUUUCUCUCCAGUAUACUCGGAUAUUCUAGAAAAAGUAAGAAACUCGGAAGAGGUUCUUCAGAAAGUAUCAGUUUAUAAAGAUUUCUUCAAAUUUCUCAGUGAAAAGACUGGUAUAAAUAUAACUAGAACGAAUCAAGUAUAUGAAAUUUACAAUCUAUUGACAUCACAGAAAGCGCUACAUUUUUCAUUACCAGAUUGGUGCACCGAUGAAGUAUACAAAAAACUUCAGGAUAUCGUGAAGCUAGAAUACGAGAUUCGUUCUUAUACACCUCAAAUGAAAAGAUUGAACGGUGGUAUGCUUAUAAAAAGGUUUAUCAAAAACAUUAAGAGUAAUGAGCAACGCGAUAGACCAAGAAAGAUCUACUUAUAUAGUGGACACGAAGUAAAUGUCGCUGGAGUUGCGGCAGCGUUGAAUUUUAGCGAGCCUGAAAUACCAGCGUAUGGAUCUGCAAUUAUAGUUGAAAAAUUGCGCGAUAAGGCUGGGAAAAUAUAUAUUAGGAUGCUUCUUUGGACUGGAGUCACAACACAGUUAAUUCCUUAUAAAUUAGCUGGCGGUGGCGAAAUUUGCCCAAUAGACAAAUACUUAAAUAUUGUAGAGGACAUCAUUCCGUCGGAUGAAGAAUCGGAUCACAAAUGGAAUUACAUAUCGAAAGAUGAUUGGAAAACAUUGUACGAAGAAAAACUAAAUUUGAAUUAAAUAUUUCUUUGUAUUUUUGUGUUUAAAAAUGUAAUGCACCAUCAGAGAAUAACGUAUAAACUACUCAUGCAAUGCAUUUUUACUUGAGUUUAAAAACUAGUUCACUUAAUAAGUGGAGUUUGUAAUCUUUAAUAAAAUAAAUUAGUAAUUUA